CGUCGUUUUUUUCACGUAUUAACCACCCAGGAUAGUGUUAGGUAUUGCCCCCCGGGUCGUUUUUUUUGCUUGCCUAACCGCCGUAUUGCCGCUAGUUAUUUAUUUAUGGUUGUCGUUAUCGAGUUUGCACCCGUGUCGCGAAUGAUUUGACGCGAAAAGCGCAUGUUUGUAGGUGUAUUUGUAGUAAGUACGUUGUUCGUGGGUUAUCUAUCCGACACUCGAGUGUCAUGUCGAGAUACCCGACGCUACGCAGUUGUGGCUAUGAGCUGGACCGGACAAUCGGCACUGGCGGCUUCGGCAAAGUCAAACUGGCCACGCACACUUUGACAGGUGAAAAGGUGGCCAUCAAGAUCAUGGACAAGACCAAGCUGGGUAAAGACCUGCCGCGCGUCAAAUUGGAAAUCAGCGCGCUAAAGAGCCUGUCACAUCCCAACAUUUGCAAGCUUUACCAGGUGAUUGAGACUGAGUCCCACUGCUAUGUUGUCAUGGAGUAUUGUUCGGGCGGUGAGUUGUUCGAUCACAUAGUUGAGAAAAGUCGUCUCAGUGAAAUGGAGUCACGCAUGUUCUUUAGGCAAAUCAUAUCGGCUGUAUCAUAUUUGCAUGAUAAUGGUUAUGCGCACCGUGACCUCAAGCCGGAGAAUGUGCUCCUGGACAGGGAACAGAACUUGAAAAUAAUCGAUUUUGGUCUGUGCGCUAAACCGCAAGGUGGCAUGGACAGCUUGCUGUUGACCUCUUGUGGAUCACCCACUUAUGCUGCACCUGAACUCAUUCAAGGAGUCAAGUACCACGGUUCAGAAGUUGAUAUUUGGAGUAUGGGUGUAAUAUUAUAUGCAUUGUUGUGCGGAUGUUUACCAUUUGAAAGUGACAAUAUUGAUGAACUUUUCAAGAAAAUAUUAAGAGGAAAAUAUGUAGAACCUGGUUGGCUCUCAUCAGGUAGUAAACAUUUGUUGAGACGUAUGCUUUGCGUUGACCCAUUAAAGCGUAUACGAAUUAGUGAGUUAAUUAAUGAUCCAUGGAUUAGUCUAGGAUUUGGUUGUCCACCGUCCACAAAAAAUCAAAACGUUGAUCGGUGUAAAGACAUGGAAUGUCUUGAGGUAAUUAGUCGACAUUGUGAUAUUGAUAAAGAAAUUAUUUGGUCCCGUAUUUCCAAGUGGAAGUAUGACAGUGAAACUGCAACUUAUUUGUUGUUAUUAAAUAAAAAAAAAUAUGGUGCUCCAGUAGUUUUGAAGAAAAAAGAAGUAUCCAAUCAACAACCAGAAUUAAUUAUAAGAAGACCAGUCGCUCUACAUACUCCAGGCCAAGAAAACAGAAGAGUAGUUGGACGUGCUAUUCGAAGAAAAAUUGAUGAAGUGACACCUACUAUACCUGCUAAAAUCAAAAGAAAUACUAAUGCUGAAACUCCACAAGUACAACCACCAUGUUCGUCAAAUCUAAGUAGUCCUGCUGGUAAAAUAAUUUCAGGAUUAGACCGUGUCAGAAAAGCAUUGACACCUAGACGCCGUAUUUCUACUCCCACACAAAAACAACCUGAAAUUUUGAACAUCAAAAAAGAUUUAUGUAAUAUAUCAACUACGGUUUGUAAGGAUCCAGAAAAAGUGAUGAAUCAGUUGGAAAAAGUGUUGGCGAUGAGAAAUGUUAUUUGCUCAAGAAAAGGUUUUGUGCUUAGAGGAAAAUUAAAAAGUGAUGUAGCUGAUAAAGAAAAAUUGAAAUUAUCUUUUGAAUUAGAAAUUUGUUUGGUGCCUUCUAUGAACAAAGAAAAUGCACCAGUUGUUGCCAUUAAACGAAAGCGACUUAAGGGUGACUCUUGGAUGUACAAAAAAAUAUGCGAGGAAAUUCUAAAUUUUACUGGAAAGUGUGAAACUAUUCCAGAAUGAAACCUUAUUGGUUUUUUGACUAUUUUAUUUUUAUCUUGAAAUUAUUUUCUGGAAAUGCUUGUAUUUAAAAUUUAAAUAUAGUGAUAGGUUAAGAUACAAUAAUAAUUACCUAUUUUACUCUACAGUAUUAUUAAUUUAAUUUGAUUAUUUCAAAAUGACAAAAUGAGUAAUAUAUUAGUAGGUACAGAUUUUUCUUCUUGUAUUAUAUUUUGUUAAUUGUUUUCUUGACCGCUUAUUAUUACAUAUAAGUUUAUAAUAAAUCAUUAGUCAUAAUAUACUUACUUUAAUGGUGAUUAAAUAUGUUUGAACUUUUCUU